AUUAUAAACAGGGGGAACAUUACAAUGACGAUAAAAUGGGAAAUCUAAUUCGGUGUUAAUACGCAUUUCUUUGUGUAAUUCGGUUAGAAAGGCAUUUAAUCGUCGAGGCUCGAAUUAAGGCUUUUAUUUUGAAAUCCGGAUGUUUGCAAACUUUGUUCUGAGGAGAGUUGUUUUGCUAGCUAGCUGUUUAUCUUAGCAAGCUGCUAACUAGCUAGCUUUUGAAUGAACGUAAUAAUAAUGGAAUAUAAAAUUGCAGCGUUUUCAAUUUUGUAAUAUUUCUGCAAGAUUUCUUCAGCUAUGGAGACGUCCUCAAAAGGGAAGGCCAAGCGGAGGCACCUGAGUGCAACAGAGUGCAGCAGUUUAACCCAAAGCCUCACAGGAAGUCCAGCAAUCACACAACCUUUUAUCGUGAACCUCCAUCAUGAAGACCCUAAUAAAGGCCUUCAACCUAUGACACAGACUAAAAGGAAACGAAUAGUGUCUGAUGGCCGACAACAGAGAGCCAUUACAGGUUUCUUUCCCUCUGCCGGGGUCCUGAGCAGCAGCCCGCAAAAAGGCAACUCGGUGAAGAUGGAGCCUGGACUGAACUGUCACACUGUCCCGAAAGAGAAGGAAGAGGUGCAGCAUGACGUGACGGAGUUCAUGGAAGGCAUUACUGAAGAGAUGUUUGUGGAUGAUGAGGAGUUUGAGACAGGCAUUUGUUCUGUUAAGAAAGAGGAGAAUGAGGAGGAGGUGAUGGGAGCCGGAUGCAGCAGUUGGGCUUCUCCUCCAUCUCACUCCAGCUUUCAUAACGGAUACGUGAAAAAGGAGGAAAAAGAAGACGAAGAGUAUGAUGUGCAAAGCCUCCCUGAUGCCCAUUAUGGGUUGCUGGGAUUGAAUCAGAUGCUACUGGAGCCUCAGGGUCACAUUCAGGACUUGCCUGGAGAGCUCCUGAGUGUUAUUUUUGCACAGCUCCCAGCAGAUGAUCUUUACCGCCAUGUCAGUCUGGUGUGUCGGCACUGGAGAGACAUUGUCAUGAACAGCCAGUUUCUGCCAUGGAAGAAGUUGUACUACAGAUACCAGAAGCUGGAGGAAAUGGCAGUGAAGCAGCUGAAAUCCCUCGUUGAAGACAACGGCAUUGUCAGAAAGGAUGAUCUCUGUGUGCUGAACAUGGUGAGGUACAUGGCACAGUUUAAACACAGCAGAUGGGUGAACGUUGAAGAUGUUUUGCGGUGUGUGAAAGGACAUCGGCUCUAUGCCCAGGCAGAGGCCUGCAUCAAGCACAGGCUGCCAGACAUGGAGACGAUCGAUGGAGGACCAAACCCCUGGUCUGCUAUGGCUCUGAUGCUGAUCCUUGCAGAUGGAGUGAAUGAUGUCCUGGACCUGGUGACUCGUUUACGAACCUCUGGCUGUUUACUGACUCCGGACAUGAUCUCGGAGUUCCUAUGGGCCAUGGCUACACUGCUCCUCGCCAUGAGGAACACUAACAUUAACAUCACUAACAGGUGGCAUUACAAUAUUUUUUAUGUGUUGCAUCUAAUGGAGAACGCACCUCCGCCUCUGAGUCACGGUGACGGCAGGGAAAAGCAGAUAUACAUCACUCAUGAACAGCAGCAGAUCCUCAAUCACAACAUCCAGAGACACCACAUUGUCAAAAUCAUAGCUUUUGCUGGUACUGGAAAGACAACGACUCUGGUGAAGUACGCAGAACAAAGGCCUCAUUUGCGCUUCCUCUACAUUUCCUUUAACAAGUCUGUGGCCAUGCAGGCCAAACGCAGUUUCCCUGUUAAUGUAGAAUGCAGGACCAUACACUCUAUGGCCUACCAAGCUAUCGGACGCAGGUACAAAAAUUUGAGUAAGCUAUGUAGUAGUCUGAAACCAUUCACAGUAGCCUGGGUGCUUCCUGCGGGCCACGGUGGCUUUGUCAACGCCAAGGUCGUAACAGAAACCAUCAACAACUAUUGUUCCUCCACGGACGAGCAUAUUGGCCCACAGCACGUCCCUGAACGCUACAAGAAUACCAACGGACGUGAGGAGUGUCCAACCGAAUACAAAAAGAAGGAGUUUGCACUUGACGCACAAAACAUUUGGAAGAAAAUGACCGAGCUGAAACCCACCAAAGAAGCAGCGCACCACAUAACCCAUGAUGGUUACCUCAAACUGUGGCAGCUACAGAAGCCUGAACUCAAAGACUAUGAUUUGAUUUUCAUAGACGAAGCUCAGGACUGCACUCCAGUCAUCAUGGACAUCAUGCUUUCUCAGUCUUGUGGAAAGAUCCUGGUUGGAGAUCCCCAUCAGCAGAUAUACACCUUCAGAGGAGCUGUCAAUGCUUUACAUACUGUAUCACACACACAUCUUUACUACCUAACACAGAGUUUUAGAUUCGGCUCUGAGAUCGCCUACGUCGGUGCGACGGUCCUAGAUGUCUGCAAAAAGGUGAAAAAAAUUUUGGUUGGUGGACGACAGGAGGGCAUGGUGAGAGGUGAGGACAAUGAGACUCUGGACAACAUAAGACUGGCACGUACACAGGUUGGAGGAAAGGUGGCCAUUUUGUGCCGCUGUAACGUAACCGUGUUCAGUGAAGCGGUGCGGCUCACCGACGUUAACCCUAACUGCAAGAUCCACAUUGUCGGUGGUGUUGACAAUUUUGGGUUGAAGAAAAUCCUGGAUAUCUGGAUUCUGAUGCAGCCAGAGGACAAACGUAGGAACGAGCGUAUGUGGAUUAAGGACUCAUUUAUUCGGAGUUUCUGUAGCGAGAAGCUGGGUGGUUACGCAGGCCUAAAGAAGUAUGCCACACACACAGAAGACCGGGAGCUGGAAGCCAAGCUGUCAGUGGUGGAGAAAUAUAACAUGCGCAUUCCAGAGCUGGUGGAUCGGAUCUACAACUGUGCUCAGAGCAAGCCGAACUGCGCAGACUAUAUCAUAGGCACGGUGCAUAAAUCUAAGGGUCUGGAGUUUGACACGGUGGUGGUGAUGGAUGACUUCAUAAAAGUGCCUUGUUCCAGACACAACCUGCAGAGGAUGAACAUUAACCCAGGUAUUAAAACAGCUGACGCAGAUGAGUGGAACCUGCUGUACGUGGCCGUGACUCGAGCUAAGAGAGCGCUGUACAUCACCAAGAGUGUCAGCAACAUCCUCACACUUGCAGGGGAAUACUUUCUGAGGUUUGAGCUGAGCAGUACGCUUGUAAAUAAGGAUCUGCAUCGCCGAUGCAGCACCAGAGAGUGUCCCAAUCUCAUCACUACAGAGUCACAACUCAGCAUGCACAAACUCCCUAUUCGAUACAUGGACACUGCAGAGGAAGGUGGUGUUCUCUGUGCUACGUGUGUGGAACAGCGUGUAGGUCCUGUAGCUUAUCUUCUCUCUCCACCUGAGACAGUCAAGUCUAUGCAUUACACAGAGGAGCGACCCGAGCUGCCUGUUAACAUCGCCAUGCUGCUGGCUCUGCUCUAACAGGACAAACAUACUAUUGUACACUGUGGAUAUGUAAAUGGUCAACUGUGUGUGUGUGUGUGUGUGUAUAUACAUGUGUAUAUACAUACAUGUGUGUGUGUGUGUGUGUGUGUGUAUACACACAGUGGUGUGAAAAAGUGUUGGCCCCCUUCCUGAUUUUUUAUUUUUAUUUUUUUGCAUCUUUCACAUUUUAAUGUUCAAGUUUUUCAUUCAGUUUUUUAAUUAAGGUUUUUAUUAUUAAGGGAAAACAAAAUUCAAACGUGUGUGUGUGUGUGUGUACGCACAUGCAUGCACAGUGUACGCAGGUUUAAACUGAUUGUACAUUUUCUUUGUGUUUGUGUGUCUAAAUGCUACAAUCCACAUUAAGGCAGCUGGUAUUUUUAUGUAUGCAAUUUUAAAUUUCCAGUCAGUGUUUAUGUACAAAUGUACAAAGCUGUACUUGCAGUGAUUUAGAGGUGUCACAUGUGUAGUGGGUUAAUGCGUUCAACAAUGGUGUUGUUCUGUACUUUAAAAAUUUGAGCCCACAGUGAAGCGCACACUUAUUUGCGAAGCGGUUCGAUAUUACAGCGGCGUGCAGAAGUUUUGGCGCCCUCUGAACGAAGAACACCAACAAGAAAUUUCGUGAAGAUAUAAACCAAAUGGAUAAAGAUUCAAAAUGGAUUCAAAAGUUAUUUAGCAAAACACCAUCAGGAAAACUUAUGGAGAAAAUAAUACACGUGAUUGUAUAGUGAAAAUAUAAAGACACAGGCACUUUGUUGAAGCCCGAUCAGAGAAAUACUUUCACUGAAAAAAAAAAUAAAAAAUCUUUGAUCUUGCUGCAGGAAUGUUGACGUUGCCUGGAGCAGGACGCUACCAGUGCAUUGCUUUCCUGUCUCACACUGUUGUAAUCUUCAUCUUUCCCAGGAAAUAUUCACAUCAGUCUGGAAUACACUCACAUUCCAACCUGCUGUUGGAUCACUGGAUUAUGCCACUGCAUUGAAUUUUGUUUCUCACUCCUCCUUUAGAAUUUCUCUUGUGUAUGAAGCUGAUGUGUGUCUUCUAGAGGAACAGAGUAAUAUUUUUUCUAGUAUUAAGGUGAGCCUUUUUCAGUGGACAGUGGACCUUUUAUGACCUGAAUGUCAUAUCAGUGCUUUACAGCCUUUUGCACUAUACACUUUGUACAGUGUUACCUGUUUUUUUUUUUUUUUUAUUUUGUUUAAAAAGUUGUACUUAAAAACAAAUGUGUUGUUGGCAUAAAAUUAUGUUCAUUUCCAUCUGGAACUUAUUUAUAAUUUUUACUAUGAAAAAUACAUUUGAAACCUCAAAGGAUUUUCAUGUCGCUGUUGCUUUUAUUUAAAGCACCUUACAACUGAGAAGUUGAGGUGUAAGAGUCUUUACCCAGUAGCAUCUUGGGAGUGCAGGGAUUCAAAUCUGCAAACUUCCAAUGAGUAACAUGCAAAGCUUUUACCCCUGAGAUACUACGUUGGGAACAAUCUUCUGCAACUGACCCUGAUAUUGCAGGUGUGUAAAGACCACAACCUUUAUCUGAUUUGGAAUAAAAGACUAAAUAAUGUC